AUGACAGAGGAAGAAAAACUGCCAUAUGUUAAGGCGGUGGAACAAGAAAGUAUUAUCCAAAACCUCAAGGAUUCAAAUGAUUUUGAAGAUAUCUACAAUUACCUUGAUUUAUUAUCAUCCCAAGGAUAUCAAAAAGUAAUGUUACGAGCAUGCGAAGAAGGACUUUGGAAAAAAUUAAAUAGGUCUGGGUUACCAUUCAUUCGAGGGAAUGUACUUCACGAAGCAUGUGAAAGAGGGAAUCUUAGACUCGUUAAAUCUCUCAUUGAAUGUGGCUGUGAUAAAGAAUCACUCGAUAGUCAUGAAAGAACUCCACUCAUUAUCGCCGCCCGUAGUGGUCAUCUUGAAAUUGUUAAUUAUCUUGUUUAUGUUGGUGCAAAUUUAGAAGCUAACGAUGAAUUUCAAUAUACUCCCCUCCUUGCUGCAUCAACUAAAUCUAAUAAUCAAGAUGUUAUUGAAUCUCUUAUUUUUGUUGGAGCUGAUAAAGAAGCAAAGAAUCAACAUGGCGAAACAUACAAAGAAAUUAAACCAAUGUUGAAGAUUUAA